AUGGCGGAAGGAGCACACGGGGAUCUUAUAUACGCCCUCCCUGCCAUCACCCAUUUAGUGGAUGACAAUAGCCCGAAGGACCUGAAAGCAUGGAAGGAGUUGAUGAAAAGCGGGCUUGACUGCAGAAGACACCCCAAACCACCGAACAUGGACUGGCGCUUGCAGGAGGCCUUUGACCAGAAGAUUAAAACUCUGGAAGAAGCCAAGAUGUUGAAGAAUAUGGUCAGUGACCCGGAGUUCCUUGGAGACUACGCUUCGUUGUGUACCAGGAUCGAGUUGUUCAAAGCCAUAAGUGAUUCGGCUUCAAUCAGGCUCAUUUUCGAGGAUGCGACUCAUAUGGACUUCUGA